AUGAAUCGCUUCUCAGGUUCUUCACAAGGCAGAAGAGGACUCGCCGAUACCUGCCGAAUGCCGCAGAGAAAUGCUUCAGUGGCAAACAUCGACACAUCUGCGAGGUCUGAAGGUACCGAAACAACAGACGGUUGCGAUGUUUAUGUCGAUGAGUUCAAUUCAAGCGCAUUUUCUGCCAUUACCUUAGAGGAGGACCCAAUCCCGUCGAGUCGGCCUAGAAGACGUGGAUCCAACCUUACUCCUCUCCAAGAGCAGAAGGCAUUGCCAGAUCGUCCAUCUGAGUACUUCGAAUACGUGGAGAGACUGAAGGAUUCCUCUGAAGAACACACUGAAACACACAGGAAUCUCAAUCGUUUUGCAGAUUCUUUUGAAAGAAGCAAUCCCUGCCCAAUGCCUCAGCGAAAUGCUUCAAUUGCAAACAUCGACAUCUCUUCAAGAUCUGGAGGUACCGCUUCAGUUACAAACCUCGACAGCUCUUCAAGAUCUACUGUUACCGCCACAACUGCCACAACAAUAGACAACAGUAUUAUUGGCGAUGCUCAUGAGAUCAAACGAGGCAAAGUUUCUCCCAAGCCUCUCCAUCGAAGACAUGGAUCCAACCUAUGUCCUCUCCAAGAGCUGAACGCAUUGUCAGAUCAUCCAUCGGAAUACUUUGAUAGACUGUUAGAUUCUUCUGAAGAACACAGAAAUAUGAAUCGUUUCUCAGGUACUUCCGAAAGAGGAAUUGGCAAUCAUUCUCCAAUCCUGCCCCAGCGAAAUGCUUCAGCACAUCGGGGAGGCAACUUAUUGGAUCAUGAAGAGGUGCAACAUUCUUCGAAACCUUGUGCAAUGCCACAGCGGCAAGCCUCCUUGCGCCAUUGGGAGAGCGACUCGGAUGAUCACGAGACCCAUCAUCAAGCCUGUCCGAUGCCGCAGCGAAAAAGAUCAAGCUUCGAACAUCACGGGAAUCUGCAACAAUCCUAUCAAGACACCUUCUUCUUGAAGGAAGAAAUGCUUUUUCAAUCUAUCAACGACACCGACGAGGACACUGAUCCAGUGUGGUCUCAAAAGAUGCAUGAAGCAGUUCGCAAGUAUCAAGAGCGAAACACGGAUAUGGACAGCGAGACUGACGGUGACUUUCUUGGUUAUAGCCACGCCGCCGCAUCGUUGGAGCUCGUUGACGUCUUUGACGGUCAUUGA